UAGUUAGCGAUUGUGUCUGCUGAAUGCACCACUCAAAAAACGGUUGUGUUUUAAACAUUUUAAACAUUAGAUUUCUUUGGUUUUAAAUUUUGAUUAUAAUUGUUUAUUGAAACGUUUUUGUAUUAGUGUGGCUAGUAAAGCCACGAAAGAUGGAAAAUAAUAAUAGUAAAAAAACUAACACCCAUAAUUCCGGUGAUGGAAACUCUAAAAAAUACAAAUUUUACAGAAAACCUCCUGUAAGAAAAACAAUUCCUGAAGUGAAACAAACUAAAACAAGCAUAGCAAGAUUAUUAAAAGCCAAUCCUUUAUUAAAAUAUGAAAAUAGUGAAAUAAAAGAUAAUCUAUCAGUGCAAGCUAGAACAAAUAAUUAUUCUAAUAAAAUAUUACCCAUUAAAGACAAUAUUAGACCAGGGACACAAGUGACUACUAAACAAGAUAUUCCCAGGAAAACGUUAUCUAGCUUACAUAUUGAAAAAAGAAAAAAGGAAUUCUAUGAAACAAGUAAAAGAGGAAAAAUUAGUAAUGGUAUGAAGAAACCCUUGAAAAGUAUACUUAAAAGAAGGUCUAGGUCUUUAGAAAAUUUUGAUACAAAAGGAUGUUAUAGAAUUACAGAAGAAGAAGACAGAAAUGGAUUAAAGGAAGCUGAUUCACAGUCCAUGCAUAAUUUGAGUCAGCUUUACCAGGAACCAUCACCUUUAGAUAAUGGCUUUCAUAUUUCGUUCGAAUUCCCAUCGUUAGCAGAGAUGCGAGAGAAUGUAUCCACUCCUCUGAAAAAAGAAUAUGAUGAAGAAAACAAAGAAAAUAUUGAAGUGAACAUUCUUGAAUGUGACAGCUAUAAUGAUUUGCAUAUUCCUAAUGACAAUGUCGAUUUUAGAAAAAGUAAAGAAUUAGGAGAACAUAAAGACAAAAAUUGUAAUAAUGUGUAAGUGUUUACUUGUACUUGUAAAUUGUUAAGAACUACCGAUUUUAUAUUUUUACAUUUUAAAUAAAAUAUUUUUUAACUAA